CACCUCCGCCCGCUACCGCCGCCGGACCGAUGGCUCUCGCCCCCUCAAGACCGCAAGCGGUUCUUCAGCUCGACCUCGGCCGGCUCCAGCGCCGCCUCAGCCAGCUCCAGCGCCGCCUCAGCCAGCUCCAGCGCCCUCUCCGCCCCUUCGGAUGACCCCGACUUCUCGCCGCCGGGUAAACGCCUCCGACAGCCUCUGGGUAAGCGCCCCGCCCGUCCCUGGAGCCUGCGGACCCGCCGCGGCGACGUAGAGAAGGAAAACCGUCUGCUGGGGCCGCCGGUCCUCGCCUCCCCGUCCCCGUCCCCGUCGCCCACCACCGUGGAGAGCGGCUCCGGGCUGGACGGUAGCCUGGAGCUCCGCUCCUUACCGCCCAGGCAGAGGACUGCCUCGUCCCACAGGGCUCUGAGCUCGUUGGAGUCCUGUCGGGAAGAUUCGGAGCAGCUCCCGUUAUCGCCGGGGGUUGACAGCGUGAGGGAAGAGGGGGCUCGACGGUCCCGUGCAAACGGCACGGGCGGGCGGCGGGAGCCGGGCCCGGCGUUGCAGGAGUCCGGUAGGGUUCUGAGGGCGUCGGUGCGGGGACCCUGCCAGGCACCAGGUCCCUUGUCCCCACGGAAAGCCACCGGCACUCCUCAGGCAGCGCUGCCCACCGUUGACAGCGGGCUACAGCGCUCUGCACCGUACGAGGGUGCCGAUUCUGACAAAUCGUGUGAUGAGCUAAGGAGGCCUUCAACAAAAGGAAGCUUGAGUUGUCAGAGAGGCACACCCAAGAAGUACCAGCUUACGCCAGUGGUGGUCUUGGACCCUCAAGAAGUGCCAGUGUGGCUGAUGAGCAUGAAACUCAACGAAAAGGCAGGUAUUCAACCUGCCUGCCAGCAGCCGGUAUCUCCUUUGGGCCCUCAAGGAAUCUUGGAGAAUACACAUAAAAGUACCAAAGCUGUUUCUGGAGAGGGAAGUACCUGUAGAAAAGCUUGCAUCAGCGGCUUCAGUGCCAGCCGGUGGGGGAGGCAAACAAGGCUCCGACCAAAAAGGCACAAAACUAAGAGACAGCAGCAGCCUAACAACUCCUUUUUCAGACCACAGAGGAAGCAAAAAGGAAUGAAGAAGGGUGUUCUGGAGAUGUCUGUAGACAAAAGAGACAAUGACUAUUCAUUCCUUAAUGGCUCCCAUUCCUGGGGUAGAGUUCGAGCGUCUUUGUCUUUCCAUAAGAAGAAGAAAGUUACCACAGAAGAGAGUUCCUGCAACAGCAUCCUUUCCACCCCUUCUGUGAAAUCCCAGUUGUCAGGGCACCAGGGAACCCUAUCUGCUGGUAGGACUCAGUGCUCCACUUGGUCUGCUUCCUCCAUGGUCCUGCUGGCUCCAAGGAGUUCCUGUUCUGUCCUGGAGCUAAUGCUUACAGAUGCAGAAAAGGUGUUUGGGGAAUGCCACCAGGAGGGGCCUAUCACUUUUCAGGACUGCAUUCCUUUAGAUAAGACGAAAGAUUGCAAGAAAAUUGGAGAAGGGGUGUUCGGAGAGGUCUUCCAGAUUGACAGUGAGAGAGGAGCUGUGGCCUUAAAAAUAAUUCCCAUUGAGGGGACUGAAAAAGUAAAUGGUGAAUCUCAAAAGAGCUUUGGAGAAAUUCUGCCUGAGAUAAUAAUUUCAAAAGAACUCAGUCUUCUGUCUGAAGAGUCUAGGAAUAGGACUCUUGGGUUCAUCAGCUUGUACUCUGUGCACUGUGUUCAAGGGGCCUAUCCUAAGUAUCUCCUAGAAGCCUGGGACAAAUACCACAAAGUAAGGGGAUCAGAAAAUGAUCGGCCAGACCUUUUUGGGGACGAGCAGCUCUUCGUUGUUCUGGAGUUUGAAUUUGGAGGCAGUGACUUGGAGAAUAUGAGAAACAUGUUCAGUUCGGUGGCAUCGGCAAAAAGCAUUUUGCACCAGGUCACUGCUUCCCUGGCUGUGGCAGAACAGGAACUGCACUUUGAGCACAGAGACUUGCACUGGGGGAAUGUGCUGGUAAAGAAAACGGAUGCAAAGGAGCUUAAUUAUGUCUUGAAUGGGGCAACGCACACAAUCCCCACAGCGGGGAUUCAUGUCAACAUCAUAGAUUAUACCUUGUCUCGGCUGGAGAAGGAUGGGUUAACUGUGUUUUGUGAUCUUUCCACUGAUGAAGAACUGUUUCAAGGCACAGGGGACUACCAGUUUGAUAUCUACAGGCAAAUGAAAGCGGAGAACUCAAACAGCUGGACUGACUAUCACCCACACAGCAACGUCCUCUGGCUGCACUACUUGUCAUGCAAACUUUUGAAAGACAUGGGCUACAAGAAAAAGGAAUCGACCUCUGCCAUGAGGAAAAUAAAGAAGCAGCUCGUUAAGUUCCGCAAAGAAGUACUGACCUUUGAGUCUGCCAAUGAAGUUUUACAAAACAGCAGCCUCUUCCAGUAGGCAAUACAGUGC